UUCGCGCCGGGACCCGAGAUUGUUUUGAUCGUUUAUUCGCUAUGAGAUUGCUUUGACAGGUCGAAAUGUUCGCGCGAGUAGUUACCGUACGGUGAACGGGUAGAUACGAAUGGUAGUAAAAGAAGAUUCCGUAGUCCAUUUUGGAGAGGAAGAGGGGGCGAGCCCGGUGAGCUAGUUACGAGGUUAGGACAGAGCAACCGGUGGGAAGGUGUCGCAUGUGUACACACAGCGAGGCUGUUUACGUUGCACAGGUGUCGAGUAAUGAUCGCAAUCUGCGUUAUCUUUGCUGUGAUAGGAUUAUUUGUAUGCGCGCUGCUUAAAGCCAGACUCGACGAGUGGCUCGAAGAUUCAAGCAUGAGGAGGUUGUCUUUGAAGCGAAGCGGCUACUGCAACCGGGCACAAGGCACGCUUAAUGAUCCAGUAGAAAUAUCAGAUGAUGACAGCUUUGAUUCGCUGAAUAUAGAGGAAAAUACAAAGGCGUGCAUGAAUGUAACAAAUCAUGAAGCAGCUAACGUUUCGAAUAGUGUGACAGAUGUUGCCAAAUGUAAUUCGAAACAUGACAUAUCAGAUGAUUUAGGUAGUGAGGAAGAUGUUACGAUGGCUAAUGUUGUUUCUGAAAAUAUUUCUAAAAACCAGUCAAUGUUUAACUGGAAUAAGUCAAUCUUCGCUACUGAUAUACUGCAUCAAAAUGUAUUUCCUGAGAGCAGUGGGACGAGAAACGCGAUGCCUGAAGAGAUACCUAACAAGAGACAAAAACUAAUGAAAGAUUUGAAAAGCUCUGACGACUUAAGCUGCAGUGAAGAUGAGAUCAUGUACUUGAGCCCUAAGAAAGAUGAUUCACCGCCUCAAGUUAGAAUACAGCAUGAAAGAAUGAUAGCUGGAGUCAAAGUUAAGUUUCCUGUCAAACCAUAUCCAUGUCAGAUGGCAGUAAUGAAUAGUCUCAUUGUAGGAUGUACUAAGGAGCAGAAUUGUCUCUUGGAAAGCCCUACUGGCAGUGGUAAGACUCUGGCGCUUCUCUGUGGAGCCCUGGCAUGGCAAGAGCAGUUUAGUGAGAAAAUAUUCCAAGGAGGCGAUGGGAUGGAUACAGACAGUCCAUGCUGCAACGAUGAUUCUUUAAACGAAAAUUUCUUCCUUAACCCGUCGCAAUACUUUGAUGAAGAAAUGGUCGAUAAAAUUUCGAGCAAGAACAAAAUACGAAGAGUGCCAAAAGUAUAUUACGGAACGCGAACUCACAAGCAAAUCGAGCAGGUAGUCAGAGAAUUCAAGAAGACCGCGUACAGGCACAAGAGGAUGACCAUAUUGAGCAGCCGAAAGCAAACGUGCAUUCAGCAAACCAAAAAGGAUAAGAACGAGUUGUGCAACGAACUACUCGAUCCGCGAAAGGGUAAAACAUGUCCAUAUUACAAUGACCGCAGUAGGAUAAGGGGGGAUUCCGCAUUUAAAAGUAUGAAAACGCCUUGGGAUAUCGAGGAUUUGGUCUCAUUAGGCAAAAGCAUCGAUUCCUGCCCAUAUUUCGGCGCAAGAUCUUUGAUGGCCACCGCGGAAAUCAUCUUUUGUCCUUACAACUAUAUCCUGGAUCCAGAUAUUCGCGAAAGCAUGCAAAUCAAUCUGAAAGGCGAUAUCGUGAUUCUCGAUGAGGCUCACAACAUCGAGGAUAUGUGUCGGGAUGCUGCCAGUGUGAAUCUCAGAGAUGACGAGAUUACAAAUGCUGUUAAAGACUGCAAACAUCUUUUGUCCAAAGGCCAUGAACGUGAAUAUGCCAUUUAUGAUACUAUACAGAACUAUCUUAUGGAUAUCGUAAAUUUCCUUCAGAAUAUUGAAGUCAGAGAUAAUGGUUCUGAUAGGGAAAUGAUUAGUAAUACUUGGCUUGGUAUGGAAUUCCGGGUGUUGCUCGACGUGAAUAACGUCGGAUGUUCUAGAUUUCCCAAUUUUCUUGCCGCCACUAGAGAGGCUAUAGAAGAUUUUAAUAAAAAUAUGAAGGAACCUGAGAAAAUGAUACUGACUAUUUCGCAAGAAACUAAGAGAAUUCUUGAGCACGUUUGUUUAUCUAUGCAAAUGAUUGUAUCAGAUAUCUUAGUUGAUGACUAUAGGAUGUGUGUCAUAGAAACGAUUGAACUUACUAAGAACGUUGCACCCGAAGACACCUGGAUCAAACCGAGUUUCAAACCGAAAGUUAAAGUGCGAACCAUGAAACUGAUAUGUAUGAAUCCCGCUAUAGUUUUUGCGCCUUUGGCCCGUACUGUCCGCUCUAUGAUAGUCACUUCGGGUACUUUGACGCCGACUACGUCGUUUCAAAGCGAACUCGGCACGCAAUUCCCGCAUAUAGUCAAUCCUAAUCAUAUUAUACCGAAGGAGCAAGUGUAUGUAAGAUGCAUAUCACGAGGGCCAAAAGGAAUAGCUUUAAAGGCCGUCUAUGAGAAAGUGGGCACCUAUGAUUUUCAGGACGAACUCGGGAAUUUGAUUCUUCAAGUAUGUGACUCGGUACCAUAUGGUGUACUAUGUUUCUUUUCGUCCUACACGACAAUGAACAAGAUACACGAGAGAUGGGAAAAACUCGGCAUAUUGAAGAAACUCUCCGACUUGAAGGAAGUUUUUAUAGAACCGCAAAAAAAUGAAGAUCUGCCCACAGUCAUGAGAAAUUAUCGCAGAGUAAUUGAGGAAUCGUCGUCUAAAUCGUUUCGAACAGCAUGCGGAGCUAUCUUGUUUGCAGUUUACAGAGGAAAAGUGGCGGAAGGAAUUGAUUUCAGUGAUAAUGAAGCUCGUUGCGUAUUAGCAAUUGGCAUACCGUAUAAACCUUGUAAAAAUAAUGAUAUAAAUAUGAAGAUGAAGUAUAAUGAUUCGAAAGUAUCCAAAGGUUUGCUAUCUGGUAGCGAAUGGUAUGGUAUCAAUGCAUUUAGAGCAGUAAAUCAAGCAAUAGGUCGUUGUGUCAGGCAUAUAGGCGAUUGGGGGGCUGUGCUGCUAGUAGAUGAAAGUUUUACUAUUAGAUAUCAGUCCAGAUUGAACCAUCUACCAAAAUGGAUAAAAACAAGUAUGAGAUGUAACAAUGAUUACGAUCUAGAAAUAGAACUUCAAGAUUUUGUAGCCAUGCAAGCUGCACGUGAAAGAGGAGAAAAAUGUAUAGAGAAUUAACACUUUCUUUAGAAGAUAUAUAAAAGUCUAUGCGCUGAAUGAAGAACUUUUUUUUUUUAUUAAAAAUGAUUAUCUAACAA